AUGGCGGAAGGCACGAGAUCAUAUGCACAGAUCCUUGAUUCUGUCAAUCAGUUAAGGGACCGGCAAGAAAGACAACAAAAACAGAUCGAGGAUGCAAUUACGAUCCUGGCUCAGCAGCAAGAAACAGCAAGAUUGGAACGGGAGGCACAGGAUAGGAAAUUUACUGAAUUAUUGCAGCAUCUUUCGAAGCUUCCUUAUAAUCCUCAGCUGGAAAGUAAUGCUCAUAAUACAAGGAAUGGACAAGGUUUUCAUCAAUCGCGAGAAGGUGAAACAGAUGAUGGUUCGGGGGGAGUCUACUGCACAAAUGUACCUGACAGAUCUAAUAUGAGACAAAUAAAGCUGGAUUUUCCAAGAUUUGGUGGAAAGGAUCCUGCUGCUUGGAUUUAUCGCGCUAAUCAAUAUUUUCUGUAUCAUCAAGUUCCUCCUGGCCAGAGGAUCUUUAUAGCUUCAUUCCACAUGGACAAUGAUGCCUUGGUAUGGUUCCAGGAUGCAAGUGAGUCGGAAGUUUUUCAUUCUUGGGAGGAAUUCAUUCAAGCAGUGCAGGUACGUUUUGGUUCAUCUGCUUAUGAUGAUCCUAUGGAGGCAUUAACACGUUUGAAACAGGUUCAUUCAGUUACUGCUUAUAAAACUGAAUUUGAACUGCUUUCCAAUCGUAUUAAAGGCAUUUCUGAAAGAAACAAAUUAAGUUGUUUUUUGAGUGGCUUGAAAGAUGAGAUUAGGCUGCCAAUACGUAUGUUGAAUCCUUCUUCCUUAAAUGAUGCCUUUGGUUUAGCAAAAAUUCAAGAACAGUAUGUUUGGAGUACAAAGAGAUCGUGGAGGCCUAGUUCUAGUGAUUCUCCUCAGUCUAAUAUGGGACCUUCUGUUUUGGGAAACCCUAAGGCACCUAUUGUUAAGUUACCUUAUCAAAAAAUAAGUGAGUCUCAGAUGCAAGAGAGAAGAAAGAAAGGCUUAUGCUAUUUUUGUGAUGAGAAAUGGCAACCAGGCCAUAAGUGCAGUAGACCAAAAUUUUAUGUGUUAGAUGGAAUGGAAAUGGGUGAAACUAGUGUUCAUACGAGUGAGAAGGAAUUACUUGUGGAAGAGAUCCAUGAGGAGCCUGAAUCUGCUGACAUAGCUUCCAUUUCAUUGCAAGCUAUGGUAGGUUCUCCCAGUACUACAACCAUGAGAAUGGUUGGUCAUAUUCAUAACAAAAAGGUAGUCAUAUUGAUUGAUUCUGGUAGCACCCACAAUUUUGUGGAUACUGCUUUGGUAGGCAGGUGUGGCUUGGUAUUGCAGCAAGGGCAAGCUUUGCAAGUCAAAGUGGCUAAUGGUGAUGUUUUGUCUAGUGAUGGCAAAGCUGUUGGUGUUGGUAUUCAAAUCCAAGGCACCAGAUUUGUUGUUGAUUUUUUCUCAUUAUCUCUCGGAGGGUGUGAUGUAGUGUUGGGAGUAAGUUGGCUUUCAUCACUUGGACCAAUACUGUGGGAUUUUACAGACUUAAAAAUGCAGUUUGUUUAUCAUAGAAGAGAAGUUUGUUUUAAAGGACUCACAUCAUCUGCUAGCACUUUAGUUGAUGAUAAGGAAAUUUCUAUGGUCUCUAAAGUAGGCUCGAAAGGAGUAUGGCUACAACUUAUGGCUGUGGAAAACAUGAAACCUCAUAAUGAUCCUUGUCCAGAAAUACUGCAGUUAUUACAAAAGUUUGGAAAGGUUUUUUAUGAACCUACUUCUUUACCUCCUCAUCGAGCUCGAGAUCACCAAAUCAACCUCAAGAAAGACACUAUACAUGUUAGUGUGAGGCCAUACAGAUAUCCUUACUUUCAAAAAACAGAAAUAGAGAAGAUUGUAUCUGAACUACUCAUGUCUGGUGUGAUUAGGCCAAGUCAGUCUCCAUUUUCAUCUCCUGUAUUGCUAGUGAGGAAAUCUGAUGGGUCUUGGAGGAUGUGCAUCGAUUAUAGGGUGCUAAACGAAGCUACUAUUAAGGAUAAGUAUCCAAUACCUGUUGUUGAUGAGUUAUUGGAUGAGCUAUUUGGUUCAACAGUAUUCUCUAAAUUGGACUUGAGAUCUGGUUAUCACCAGAUUCGAAUGAAAGAUGAGGAUGUACAUAAGACUGCAUUUAGGACUCAUGAGGGUCACUAUGAGUUCCUUGUCAUGCCAUUUGGCCUUACAAAUGCCCCCUCAACAUUUCAAGCAUUGAUGAAUGAGGUUUUUAAACCUUUUCUUAGGCAGUUUGUCAUAGUAUUUUUUGAUGACAUUCUUGUCUACAGCAAAGAUAUGGCAUCCCAUUUAAAUCAUCUGGCCACUGUUUUGAAGACAUUGGAGACUAAUCAAUUGUUUGCAAAAAGGUCCAAGUGUUACUUUGCUUGUUCAGAAAUCGAGUACCUUGGCCAUUUAAUUUCCAAAGAUGGUGUGAGAGCUGAUCCAAGAAAGCUGGAAGCAAUGUUGUCUUGGCCAAUUCCAAAAAAUCUCAAAGCUUUGAGGGGUUUCUUGGGAUUAACAGGAUAUUACAGAAAAUUUAUUCGUGGCUAUGGACAGAUUGCAGCACCUUUAACUCUUUUGUUGAAAAAUGAUGCUUUUAAGUGGUCUGAGGCAGCCACUCAUGCUUUUGAAGAAUUAAAGAAGGCAGUCACCAGUCCUCCUGUUCUAUGUUUACCUGAUUUCAAUAUAACAGUUUGUGGUUGA